AUGUCUGAAUUCAAGAUCAAAGCCGGAUUGGCGCAAAUGUUAAAGGGCGGUGUCAUCAUGGACGUGGUGACCCCAGAACAGGCCGUGAUUGCCGAAAAGGCUGGUGCCUGUGCGGUCAUGGCCUUGGAAAAGAUUCCUGCCGAUAUGCGCAAGUCGGGCCAGGUAUGCAGAAUGUCCGACCCAAAGAUGAUCAAGAGCAUCAUGGAGGCCGUUUCCAUCCCUGUCAUGGCCAAGGUACGUAUCGGUCACCGUGUCGAGGCCCAGAUCUUGGAGGCCUUGGAGGUCGACUACAUUGACGAGUCGGAAGUGUUGACCCCAGCCGACAAGCAGUUCCACAUCCCAAAGCACGACUACAAGAUCCCAUUUGUUUGUGGUGCCAAGGACUUGGGCGAGGCUUUGCGUCGUAUCCACGAAGGUGCUGCCAUGAUCAGAACCAAGGGUGAGGCCGGUACCGGUGAUGUUUCCGAGGCCGUCAAGCACAUCACCAUCAUCCGUGCUCAGAUUAAAGAGGCUAUCGAGACCUUGAAGACUGAAGAGCAGAUCGAGGCCAAGGCCAAGGAAUUGAGAGUUCCUGCUGCUUUGCUCAAGGAAGUCAUCGAAUUGGGCAAAUUGCCAGUCGUCAACUUCGCUGCUGGUGGUGUUGCCACCCCAGCCGAUGCUGCUUUGUUGAUGCAAUUAGGAUGCGACGGUGUAUUUGUCGGUUCUGGUAUCUUCAAGUCCUCUGAUCCAGCCAAAUUGGCCAAGGCAAUUGUCAAUGCCACCACCCACUACCAAGAUCCAAAGGCCAUCUUGGAAUACUCAACUGAUUUGGGAGAGUUGAUGGCUGGUGUCAGUAUUUCUUCUAUCAAGGACAACGAAAGAUUAUCCUCGAGAGGUUGGUAA